GCGAUGGAAGGCAAAGUUAGAGAUGGAAACCUUCCUUUAAAUACAUAAAUGCUUAUUUCCUCCCAACUGAGCAACCGUUUUCUUGCUUUGAUAGCUGUAUAGUCGCUAUAGUGUGAAGACUGGGAUUUCUGCUCAUUCCCACACCAAAGCAGCCGUGUAACAUCCGUCCAAGUCCUCAGCAAUCAGGUACUGCCUUUUUAUCGAGAGCAGCAAUAUCGCAAACAGCUCACUGCAACAAAUUUCCAUUGUAUUGAGGCAGCCUCCACAACCCACUCAUUGGACCACACUCGACAAAGGAAGCAUACGAAUAUAACAAUGUCUCUCUAUCGCAUUGGAGUAGACGUUGGAGGAACCAACACCGACGCCGCGAUUCUAGAUAUCAAAGCAUCGGACACUCCUCAUCGUGGUGUAUUGGCAUCCCAUAAAGCUUCCACAACCGAGGACAUUACCAGUGGAAUCGAAUCCGCAAUACAAGCCGUUCUCCGAGAGUCAAAAGUCGACCAAAGCCGUGUCCUCAGCGUGACAAUAGGAACCACACAUUUCAUCAACGCCCUUAUCGAAGCCGAUGCCAGGAGAUUAGACCGUGUCGCCGUGGUACGGCUCUGCGGACCCUUCACACGACAAAUCCCCCCGUUUUCGGAUUUUCCAGUAGGACUGCGUGGCAUUCUCGAUGGUGGCGCGUAUUACCUGGACGGAGGGCUCGAGAUUGAUGGACGCGAAAUCCAGCAGCUAGAUCAUGAGCAGAUCAGAACCACAGCGCGGAACAUUGUCGACUCUGGUCUCAGGUCCGUUGCGCUGGUCGGAGUGUUCUCUCCACUUGAUCAUGAGGGAACCCACGAAGAGAAGUGUAAAGCAAUCAUGCUUCAAGAAGCGCCCGAACUGAGAGUCGUCUGCUCUCAUGACAUUGGCCCAACUGGCCUGCUCGAAAGAGAGAACGCCACCAUUCUCAAUGCCGCGAUUCUUAGAACUGCCUCCAGAGUGACUCGGGGAUUCAAGGGUGCGAUGAGACGUCUCAAACUGUCAUGUCCGCUCUACCUCUCCCAAAACGACGGGACGCUCAUUGAGGCGGAUGCAGCUGCUGAAUACCCCAUCAAGACUUUUGCUAGUGGCCCGACGAACAGUAUGACGGGUGCUGCUUUCCUUGCUGGUCUCGAUAAAGUCCAGCCCACCAAUGCAGAUAACCAGGCUGAAAAGCCCGAUUCUGUCGAGCCUCAGAUUUUGGUCGUUGAUAUCGGAGGCACUACAACGGAUGUUUGUGCUCUGUUGCCUUCAGGAUUCCCACGGCAGGCUCCGGGGUUCGUUGAAGUCGGAGGAGUUCGAACUGCUUUCUCUAUGCCUGAGGUCGUGUCCAUUGGUCUAGGUGGUGGAAGUAAGGUCGCCAUUGAUUCUUUCAACGGAUCCUCAACGGUUACAGUCGGCCCUGGUUCAGUAGGACAUUUUAUCCAGAAAGAGGCGCGAGUCUUUGGCGGUAAUACGCUGACCUCGAGUGACAUUAUUGUUGCCCUUGGUAAAUCUCAGCUGGGAAACCCUGCGCUUGUCCAAGACCUACCCACAGACGUCGUUGAAAAUGCGCGAAACGAGAUCAACAGGCUACUUGAGGCAGUCAUUGAUCAGAUGAAGGUGUCCUCUGCGCCAGUGCACAUUCUUCUUGUCGGUGGUGGUUCACUUCUUGUGACCGGAGACCUACAAGGCGUGGACAAAUGCAUACAACCGAUUCACCAAGGUGCUGCUAAUGCCGUUGGCGCAGCAAUUGCGAAAAUUUCGGGUGAAAUUGACACCGUCGAGAUUCUAGCUGGAAGGCCAGAGGCGGAGGUUGUUGAUGCAGCCCGUACGAAGGCUAUCGACUUAGCCGUUCAGAAGGGUGCAGCGAGAGAACAUGUUCGCAUUGUCGAAGUCAACAAAAUGCCACUUGCAUACACAGACAACGAAGCAAUACGAAUCCAGAUUCGCGCAUGUGGACCGCUCAAAAUCCCUGACGAGCUCACGCCACCCGCAUCACCACAGUUGCAUGGCGAAAAAGGCGAGGAAGAGGAGCAAGAAGGUCAGAAAGUUUCGGUACCCAAUGCACUGGAACCAACAACAAAACCCUCUCUUAAUACAGAUAUACAAACUUACAGGCCCGACGUUCGGGGAGGAGUAUGGUACGUUUCUGAGGUGGAUCUGGAGCUCAUCUCAACCGGCUGUGGAAUCUUAGGUACUGGUGGCGGCGGUCCAACACAUCAUGAGUACCUCAAGAGUUUACAUGCCUUACGAACUAGCGAAAAGGGAAGGAUGCGGAUUAUCUCACCCCAGGCACUCAAUGACACAGACAAGGUUUUCUUCGGAUCCUGGUACGGAAGCCCAAGCGUUAUCAAUGAGCGCAUCGCUGGUGGGAACGAGAUUUCCCUGGGUAUAGAAGCCAUGAAAAAGAUCACCGGUGAUGAUUCUAUAGGUGGAAUAUUUAUCGAUGAAAUUGGUGGCGGCAACGGUAUGAGCGCUUUCCCUACUGGCGUGCAUUUCGAUGCGCCAGUCAUUGAUGGUGAUGCAAUGGGAAGAGCGUAUCCAACCAUGUAUCAUGCAAUCUUCAGUGUAUAUGGAUAUCCCUUGGUGCCGUGUGUACUUUCAGACGCACGAGGAAACAUAUCAGUCACAGUGAACACCGACUCUCCCAUAAGGCUUGAGAAAAUGCUUCGCUCGAACGCAAUCGAGCUUGGACUAGCAUGUGCAGUCUGUGCAAACCCUCUGCCAGGGUCUGUUAUCAAAUCUUAUGGCAUCCCCAACACAUUGUCGCUGGCCUGGUACCUAGGCCGUGCGACCCACCUGGCCCGACGAGUAAAGAGAAGCUACAUUGACGCGAUUUUUGAUGUUUGCGCAGGCAAAUUGUUGUUCACGGGCAAGAUUGUAGACGUACGCCGGUACAUUGGUGGCGGAUACACCAUGGGUACCGUGAUCAUCGGACCGGACAAUGACGAGGACAGUCAAUCUACCCCUGAUCAACAAGUAGGCAACUCUUUUAUGACGAUACCGUUCCAGAACGAGUAUCUUUACGCUGCCUUGAGCGAUGAAACGGGUUCGGAAGAAUCACAAAAGAUCGUGUGCACAGUACCAGAUUUGAUCUCGAUCCUAGGACAAGAUGGCGAGGGUAUCGGUUCCCAAGACUUGCGAUAUGGUCUCAGGGUCAACGUAAUUGCUCUACCAGCACAUCCAUUGUGGAAGACUGAAAGAGGAUUGAAGGUUGGAGGUCCCGAAGGGUUUGGGUUAAAGACGCCAUUCAUUGGGGUUGAUAACAGCUUCACAGAAUCACGGAGUGUGAUUGAAGAGUUCGGCCUAUGAAAGGGGUGCCUUCUAGCGAUAGAACAAUACCAACAAUUGAUGAUGGUCCUGUAAUAAUCAGGGUUGAAGAUUUCUCGA